AUGGCGGCGGCGGCGGCGGCAACGACAACAACAACCAGCACAACGACGGAGGCGGCGGCGGUUCCUUCGGGUCCGGCGAGCCCGGCUGGCCCCGCGGCCAGAGACCUCUUCGCGGAGGGGCUGCUGGAGUUCCUGCGGCCGGCCGUGCGGCAGCUGGACACGCACGUCCACGCCGUCAGGCAAGUUGCUGCGCGGCAGGCAGAAGUUCUCCAGGUGCAGCUGCUUCGCGCCGGCCCCGCCCCUGCGGAGAGCGGGGAACGCAGCCUCUCCAAAGCGGCGGCCUGGCUCAGAGCCGGCACUUGAUAAAUGUGCGCCUUGGCAGGCAGAAGUUCUCCAGGUGCAGCCGCUUCGCGCCGGCCCCGACCCUGCGGAGAGCGGGGAACGCAGCCUCUCCAAAGCGGCUGCCUGGCCCAGAGCCGGCACUUGAUAGAUGUGCGCCUUGGCAGGCAGAGGUUCUCCAGGUGCAGCUGCUUCGCGCCGGCCCCGACCCUGCGGAGAGCGGGGAACGCAGCCUCUCCAAAGCGGCUGCCUGGCUCAGAGCCGGCACUUGAUAGAUGUGCGCCUCGGCAGGCAGAUGUUCUCCAGGUGCAGCAGCUUCGCGCCAGCCCCGCCCCUGCGGAGAGCGGGGAACGCAGCCUCUCCAAAGCGGCUGCCUGGCUCAGAGCCGGUACUUGAUAGAUGUGCGCCUUGGCAGGCAGAAGUUCUCCAGGUGUAGCUGCUUCGCGCCAGCCCCGCCCCUGCGGAGAGCGGGGAACGCAGCCUCUCCAAAGCGGCUGCCUGGCUCAGAGCCGGUACUUGAUAGAUGUGCGCCUUGGCAGGCAGAAGUUCUCCAGGUGCAGCUGCUUCGCGCCAGCCCCGCCCCUGCGGAGAGCGGGGAACGCAGCCUCUCCAAAGCGGCUGCCUGGCUCAGAGCCGGUACUUGAUAGAUGUGCGCCUUGGCAGGCAGAAGUUCUCCAGGUGCAGCUGCUUCGCGCCAGCCCCGCCCCUGCGGAGAGCGGGGAACGCAGCCUCUCCAAAGCGGCUGCCUGGCUCAGAGCCGGCACUUGAUAGAUGUGCGCCUUGGCAGGCAGAAGUUCUCCAGGUGCAGCUGCUUCGCGCCGGCCCCGACCCUGCGGAGAGCGGGGAACGCAGCCUCUCCAAAGCGGCUGCCUGGCUCAGAGCCGGUACUUGAUAGAUGUGCGCCUUGGCAGGCAGAAGUUCUCCAGGUGCAGCUGCUUCGCGCCAGCCCCGCCCCUGCGGAGAGCGGGGAACGCAGCCUCUCCAAAGCGGCUGCCUGGCUCAGAGCCGGCACUUGAUAGAUGUGCGCCUUGGCAGGUAGAAGUCAGCCAGGUGCAGCUCCUCUACCCUGCCCAGCCCCUGUUGGUAGAUCAAUAGGGAUGCAGCUUUCUAAAGUGUAUUUCCCUCCGUAAGUUCUGCAGCAGCAGAGAACAAGCCCUGCUGCCGUCUUCCGAGGGAGGAAGCCUUUCCCAUAUCUGAAGACAAGAAUUCACAGGAUUAUACCGUGCAGUGCCAGAUUAAACCACAGAGCCUAGGACUUGCCGAUCAGAAGGUCGGCGGUUCGAAUCCCUGUGACGGGGUGAGCUCCCGUUGCUCGGUCCCUCCUCCUGCCAACCAGCAGUUUGAAAGCACGUCAAAGUGCAAGUAGAUAAAUAGGUACCACUCCAGCGGGAAGGUAAAUGGUGUUUCCACUGCUCUGGUUUCGCCAGGCUUUGUCAUGCUGGCCACAUGACCCGAAAGAACUGUCUGUGGACAAACGCCGGCUCCCUCGGCCAAUAAAACGAGAUGAGCGCUGCAACCCCAGAGUCGGCCACAACUGGACCUAAUGGUCAGGGGUCCCUUUACCUUUACCUAAACAAGCUAUAGAUUAGGGCCCCACUCUCUUGUGGGCCCCCAAAAAAUUUAAAGGAAAAAUAUAGGUUUGCAUUAUUAAGUUUAUUAUGAAUAAAAAAUCAUUUUAAGUUAGAGCUUAAUAAUUAUUUCACUGUUAAUAUACUUCUUAAUUGUAUUUCACUAUUAAUAUACUUCUUAAUUGUAUUUUAGUUCGACAAUUACUUUGAUAAAAUACAUAUUUUGUUAUGUGCAAAUGGCUUAAAUACCUAUUAGGUCCAUAAAUUACCAUAUAGCAUAUAUGCAACACAAAAAGAGCGACAAUUUGUUGUUGACGAAGGACAGCUGGACAUAUAAAGGGCCCCAUUACCUUCAGUAGCUUAGGGCCUCAUCAAACCCAAAUCCGGCCCUGAUUAUACGGAGUCCAUCUAGCUCAGUAUUGUCCACACUUACCGGCAGUGGCUCUCCAGGGCUUCAAGUCAGGGAGUCUCCCAGUCCUACCUGGAAAAAGCAGUUGAACCUGGGAAUUUUUGCUUGCAAGACAGACACUUUUAUCAAUGAGCUGUGGCUUUUCUCCGAACUCCUUUGAUUCGUAUUAUUUGUGGUCCCCUCACCCCGUGAGAGGGAACGAACCUCCCUCUGGUAUUUUAGUUCAUUGUUACUCUUCUAGCCCACUUUCCCUUCAAGGUGGUGCAUGUGGUUCUCUAUUUUAUCCUCACAACGACCCUGUGAGGUAGGUUAGGCUGGGAGAGAUGGUGACCGGUCUGAGGUCACCCCAAUGAGCUUCCUGGCUGCAUGGGGUUUUUGGAGCCCGGUCCUCCGGCAUGAAUGUUAUUUUUUGUGAGCUAGUAAAUCUCCAUGACAUUCUCCCCAACCAACUCCCAGGCUGUUAUAUUCCUUUCUUGUUUCUCCUUGCAGGGAGAGUCAAGUGGAAUUGCGGGAACACAUCGACAGCCUGGCCACAGGUAAAAAUAUCUGCACAGUGGGAAGAAUGAGAACAUAACUGGGAGGGCAGAAGAAACUGGUUGCUUCUGGGAUUUGUUAAAUACUUUACCCCUUUUUAUCCCAACCAGGAAGUAACAGCAACUUCAAUAUUGGUUUGUAAAAUAUUUCAUUCCUUCCUGUAUAAGCUCAUUGGAAUCAUAUCCAAGGGGACUUAAGUAUUGCCCCACCUGCUAGAGAAAUGAAGCAAUAACUGCCCCAUAUUCACUGAGCAGUAAAGAGUCUGCAGUGUCUUGUUAGAAGAGGCCUCUUUAAGCAGCAGUUUCUGUCCCAAAGGGCCAAUAUUGUUAAAAUUGUUAUUUAUUUAUUUAGUCUAGCUGAAGCUGUUAUAAAAGUUAAAAUACAUUACACAGUUAAAAUAAUUAUUAAAAUCGGACAUUUUAUCAGAUAAGAGUUUGCUCCCCUGAAGAAUUUAGCUUUUUAUCUCCAUAAACUUUUCUCUUUAAAAUUGCUCUCUAAAGGCAAAACAGACCACUUUUUCAGAGGUGUAGGAGGACCUAUCCUAUAAUAAAAAGUUAAUUAAAUACCCAAUUGAUCUAACUGGGAGAUUUAAAUCUUUGAACGAAGCUGCUCUUAAGUCCUAGUAGACUGGGCAAACCAGUAAGUAAUGGGGUAAGUCUUCAGGCACAUGGGCAAACUCUCUCUUCAUAGGGGGAUCUGGCAGUAGCAUCUUUCACCUAUGGCAGCGUACAUAGACAGGAGUUGCAGAGCUGUAAAGGCUUUUCUGUUUGGCAUUUGUGGUGCUGGUUACGUAGUGAGGGCGAGGGGUCUGAAUGGGUAGUUUGGCAUACCAGGCAGAAGUGUGAUCAGCACAAAAACAAUGCUUUAAAAUAGAAUAUUUCAUGUGGUGAGAUGCCAUCUCAAAAUGUAACAAACUAAGAAAGUCCAAAGAAAGAUCAUACUUAUCAAUAACGUAGCAUUCCCUGAUUCCAAGAUGGAGUCACCCCUUUGUUAAGACUCAGCAUCUCCUUGAAAGUAGAAAGUGCUAAAAUAGGCCCUACCCCCUUUUAAAAUUUUAGCCAAUGCCAACCUAGCAGUUCGAAAGCAUGUCAAAGUGCAAGUAGAUAAAUAGGUACCGCUCCGGCGGGAAGGUAAACGGCGUUUCCGUGCACUGCUCUGGUUCGCCGGAAGCGGCUUAGUCAUGCUGGCCACAUGACCCGGAAACUGUACGCCGGCUCCCUCGGCCAAUAAAGCGAGAUGAGCACCGCAACCCCAGAGUCGUCCAUGACUGGACCCAAUGGUCAGGGGUCCCUUUACCUUUACUGGCAAGGAUAUGCACUCUGGCCUUCAGCAGAGGGCCAAUAAUACAUUAUAGUGCUCCUGUAAACAAUCUGAGAUAUUUCCCCACCAUACACCUCCAGGGAAUAGUGUUAAAUUUGUGUGGCAUCUUUUAUUUUAGGGGAAGGAAAAAUGAGGCCCUCCAAAUGUUAUCUGGACCAUAACUCCCAUCUACCCCUGUUGGGCCCUGCUGGCUGUGAUUGAUAGGUGCUGGAGGGCACGUUAGUAGCCAAUUGGCACUAUUUCAUAUUGAAUUCAGGGCCUUUUGAUGCCCAAGAUGUGUGUUUUCAGCGCCCACCUUAUUCCUGCAGCUGUAAUUUGUUUUACAUUCUGAAUUUCAAACUGUCGGAACCCACCCUGGGACCUAUGGUGAAAGGUGGGUAAAAUAAAUGUUAACAACCAAUCCUAGAUCUUCCCUUGUAGGUCAGUUGCUGAGGUCUACUCCGCCAUGGGCGAUGUGGAAAUUCAUGGUUCGAAUCCCGAUCGGACUUGUCCCUAAAAAGCUUUCCCCCUUCUCUCUUCCCCAACUAGAGCUGUGUCGCAUCAACGAAGACCAGAAGGUAGCCCUCGACCUGGACCCUUACGUCAAGAAGCUGCUCAAUGCCCGGCGCAGAGUCGUCCUUGUUAAUAACAUCCUGCAAAAUGCUCAGGUGUGUGUGAGAGAGGGAUGGACUUUUUAUACCAACUUUCCUCUUAUGUAACAUGUUACAGCACUUUAAGUUGCUGGAGCUAGCAGCCAGAGUAGGCCCUCACUGCUCUGUGAUAGAAAAUCUGUCUUGCCCGCCUUGUAUUUGAUCCACAGCAUCUUCAGGUACGUGGAAGGGGGGGGAAAGGGGGGGCUCUUAGCCUGAAAAUCCAGAGGGCUGCUGCUAGCGAGAGUAGACAGUAUUGAGCCAGAUGGACUAGUCAUUGGACCUGGUUUAAGGCAGGUUCCUACGUUCCUACCUGGAAACUCAGGACUGUAAUUUAUUUAUUAAAUUUAUAUACCACCCUUAGUAUCUGAGGGUCACAGGGUGAUUUGCAAUAUAAAAAUAUUUAACUGUGAUGAUCGGGACCUAGAGGUUGGGCAUGUAGAAGCACAUUACACUGAUUCUGUUCUAGUUUUGGUGGUUCAUUUGCUUCCAUGCUCAACAUCUCCUAUAGUCCUUUUCAGCCCCAGUAAUUAUAGAAACACGCGGAGGUGUCAGCAUGUGCUUGGGGAAAAAAGAAGUCUUGAAGGUCUCCUUUGUUAACCCACUGCCUUCCAGAUAUUAUGGAUGGCAUUUAACACUAUGGAUUGAUUUAACUGCUAUGAUACUCUUUCUCCCUCGCCCUUGGACUAUAGGACCAGCAGGCAGGCUAUUUAGAAUGCUGACCCUUCAUUUUUUCACCGAGAUAUUGUUGGAAGGUGCAAGUCCUGACUGAAAACCUAUGGUACAAAGGGCUGGCAGCACAACAACGUAGCUCUGCCCAGUUGGCGAGUGUCUCCUGCACCUCAAGAACUUGUAAAUGGAGCUGCCUUCACUGCUUACGAAACUCUUGCUGAAACCAUUUCCUCUCCUUUACAGGAGCGCUUGAGAAGGCUCAGCCAUGGUAUAGCCAAGGAGACUGCCCGCAGAAAAGCCAUGCUUGAAGCCGGCGGUAGCUACCCCCAAGGCUCGCCCAGCAAAUGA